UGACCCUCUCCAAUAAAUAAGGUCCAGCGAUGCCCUCCGACUCAGCAGCCUCCCAGCCCCGCCAGGCAAGAAGAAGAGCCAGGAGCAGCCCCGCAGCCCUCGCCCCAGCAGACCAGCACCAUGCGCUUCCUUCUCGCAGCCUGCUGCUUCUUUGCUGUCAUUGCCCUCUUCCUGGAGGCCUUCCCACUGGGUGAUUCUUCUGGAGAAGAGGAAGAUUCGGACUCUGAGUCCUUGUUCCAAACUUUGCCCAAUGGAGAGGCCUUGAAGCGCGCUUGCCAAGGCUUGAUCUGGAGGCUCCGGGCCACAGCAGCCCGGUGGAAAGAGCAGCUUUGUAAGGAGCAAAAUGUGUGCAAAGGUAGCAUGGAAAUGAUGGUGCAGAAUAAUCUCCAUCUUCCAAAGAUCACUCCUGAAGAUGGAUGUUCUCAUACAGGAUUCCAAAAGGAGGCAUGCUUGAGAAGACUUUCAAGUAGCCUUUAUGCAUAUAGGGCAUACUUGGAAUACAUAGAUGAUACUUUUAGCAAGAGUGAAGAAGGGGCUGGAUCUCUUUGGCCAAUAACACAGCAACUAGCAGAUAACUUGAAAUCAAUGAUCAGCGAUCCUGACACUGUAACUGUGCCGCCUCCUGUCACUCAGGAUAUGAUUUCUGCAAAACUGCGUGAACAAAUAGGUUGGAAUAUUACAGUUAUCAAGCACCUCAUACUUCAAGAUUUUACUUCAUUUAUGGAGAAAACUGCAAGAGCUUUUCGCCUACUAUGAAUGGCCAGUUUUUACCUGAAUGUUUUAAAUCAGGCACAUCAGUUCUCAGAAUAUCUGUGGUAAAACAGAUGGCAUUGUUGUUCUCUUUGAGAACCUGUUCCUCUUUAAGGGGGUAUAUACCAAUCUAUUUAUAAUAUUUAAUAUAUUUAUUGAAUUUAUAUAUUUUUAUUCGGAAAACUUUGUGAUAAUUUAAAAUAGAAUCUGCCUAACAGAUUUUGGUGCACUGAAUAUUUAACUUGAAAAUAUGACAUAAGAAUAUUUAUCUAUUUUAUUUUAUAAACUAUUUAAAGAAGAAUAUUGUGUCCACAUUUCCUGGUAGUGUUACUGAAUUGUAUUGUAUUACCA